UUAUCCUUGGAAUCACUUCCGGGUUGUGAGACUUGUGUUGUCAGAGGCGAGCAUUUAUCUUUGUGCAUUUAACUUUGGCAGGCGACUCUAAACAGGGCACACAGGUAGCAGUUGCUAUGCCCCGGGGAAGUCAGACCCCAGGGAGGGUUGUCAUAUCCAAUGUUGCCAAAGACAGAAUUAUUACCAGAUUUCAGAAGCCAUGUUGUCCUGUGGGUCCCUAUAGCAGUAAAUUAGAUUUUCACCCCAAGGUGAAGUCUGCCUGCACUGAGAACAGGGUCAGCAAAGUUGGACUGAAAAUAUCCAAAGCAGUGAUAGUUGGUGAUGUUGCUGUUGGGAAAACAUGCCUUGUUAAUAGAUUUUGCCAUGACACAUUUGACAGAGAUUACAAAGCCACCAUUGGUGUUGAUUUUGAAGUUGAAAAAUUUAGCAUACUGUCUGUUCCAUUUAGUUUACAAAUCUGGGAUACUGCUGGUCAGGAAAGAUUCAAAUGUAUUGCUGCAUCAUACUACAGAGGAGCAAAUGUUGUGAUUGUGGUAUUUGACCUGGGUGAUAUUCAGUCUCUAGAGAAUACAAGGAAAUGGUAUGAUGAAGCCAAUAAAAGUGCAGAUGACCCUUUGGUUUUCUUGGUUGGAACCAAGAAGGACCUUGUGUCAGAAGCAACUUACAAAGAUGUUGAAGACAAAGCACUAGAUAUGGCAGACCAGUUAAAAGCAGAAUUUUGGGGGGUGUCAUCCAAGACAGGUGAAAAUGUCCAAGAGUUUUUCUUUCGCCUGUCAUCACUCAUGUUUGACAAAGCAGUUCUAGACGAAGUGGAAACGACAACUGCUGGAAAGCAAAUAGGACAUUUGGGAACUGGAAGCAUAAAAGUUGACAAGAAUAAUGAAAAUAUGUAUGACAAAAGCAAGAAAAGUAAGUGCUGCCAGUGAGGAAGUGUCACAUCAGAUAUCUUUGUGGUGCUGCAAAGACAAUAUUUUCAAGCAUGGAAUAAAGACAAUUCUGUAUCUGUGCUCUAGAAGCUCAAAGAACUGGAGAGGGGCUGUGUGUGUGAUUUUUGUUGUUUUAUAUCUUUCUGUUUUCUUUGUAGAUAGACUAUAUUUAUAUCUCAAAGAAAUGAUAUACAUACUUUUUAAAAAAGGAAAUUAAUACCAAUCAUUAUACAUUGCAUUUCAAUCCAAAGUAAAAAUACAAUAUUUCCAUGCAAUUGUUCACAUUACUUAUACCAAGUGAACACCUAUAAGUGGAAAGUGGUCAAUAUAGGUGCCUUUACUUUUGAGUUGAUAACUGGAUAGAGAUAUUAAAUUCAAAAACUGGAAGUUGGACAAACUCAAUCAAAUGUCAUAAUUAAUUUCAAGUCACAGUUCCACAAACAGUCCCAUUUAUUGCUAUCAAGAGCUUGGAACAUAAGAGGUCACAAAGAACCGAUACAAUUGUUUUCAGUAAUAUUUUUCUCUGUAGACCAGAGAAUUUUGAUUAUGUUGUUUCAAACUGCCUUUUUUUGUACACACAGGAAUGUGGUCACAUGUCUAUGCACUUUUCAUGAUUAUAUACUUACAUUCCCCUAUAUCAUAUUCAUAUUUGUAAUAGCAUUAGAGCUUAUUUUUCUGUAGUUUUUGUAUGUUGUGUCAACUCCGUCCAUGGUCUUUUACCUAUCAAGUUAUCGACAUAAAACUUAGCGUUUUUUCUCCCAAUUUUGAAUAUAACACUUUUAGAAUAUACACAUAUCAUCAUUAAUAUUUUUUAAUUAUUUUUAUUUAUUUAUUCUUUGUAAUUCUCGAAAGUGAAUGAAAGUGAAGCUUGCUAGGUGUAUCAAGCACCUCUAAACUCGUGACCUAUGGGGAUAUGUAGUUCAAUGUAGGCACUUUAUCAUUCAAACUAGUAUUUUCUGUGUUGACAUAUCCCAGAGUUUCAGUAAAAAGUGCACAAUUGUAUCCAACUUUAAUGUUGGUUUUUCAUGUUUGAAUAUAUUGACCAAAUGCACAUUUAAUAUUCUAUGCUGCCAACAAUAAAAUGUCAUUACAAGGGUGUAGUUUGGGU